CACCCAGGGGCAGAAGACGAGUGACCAGCCCUGACCCUCCCCCGGCCCCCUCGGCUUUCUGUUUUCCGGGGUGAAAGGAAAGCCAGAAGUCGAAGGCUUUUGAUCAUCUAGGGAUUUGCUGUUGUCCUGGGGUAAGGCCGACCACCGCCAACAACCGGACGACGCUCCGCGGCGUAGACAACAGCCCCCGAAGAGAAAGGGAAAAAACUCCAAAAAACACGACCAGAAAAAGAACCGAACCGCAAUCUACCCCUGUGUCCGUGGCCCACCGCCUCCCGCAGGCCCCCAAGGGAUCCCCGUCUCCAAUCGCCCCGAGCCGCCAGGACCUACAGAGAGGAGCCGCGAUGUACCAGAGCCUCGCCCUCGCCCCCAACCACGGCCAGUCGGCUUACAGCCACGACUCGACCAACUUCCUCCACUCGUCCGCCAGCUCGCCCGUCUACGUGCCCACCACGCGGGUCCCGUCCAUGCUGCAGACGCUGCCCUACCUCCAAGGCUGCGAGUCCGCCCACCAGGCGCAUCCUCUAGGGAACCACCCGGGCUGGGCGCAGGCCGGCGGCGAGGCCUCCGCCUUCAACCCCGGCAGCCCCCACCCGUCCUCAGGCUUCUCCUACUCGCACAGCCCCCCCGGAGGCAGCAGCGGGGCCCGCGACGGCGCCUACCAGAGCCCCCUGCUCCUGGGCAGCGGAGGGCGGGAGCAGUACGGGAACGCCCUGGUGCGCUCCGUCAAUGGAUCCUACCCCAGCCCUUACCCGGCCUACGUCAGCCCGGACAUGGGCCCGUCCUGGACCACGGGCCACUUCGAGAGCAGCGUCCUGCACAGCCUGCAGAGCCGCCAGGCCGCCCUCCCGGGCAGGAGGUCCACCUUCGUUUCAGAGUUCCUGGAGGAGUUCCCCGGUGAGGGCCGAGAGUGUGUCAACUGCGGGGCCAUGUCCACACCGCUGUGGAGGAGGGACGGCACCGGCCACUACCUGUGCAACGCCUGCGGCCUCUACCACAAGAUGAACGGCAUCAACCGACCACUCAUCAAGCCCCAGAAGAGGCUGUCCUCGUCGCGACGGGCCGGGCUCUGCUGUACAAACUGCCACACGACCAACACGACUCUGUGGAGACGGAACGCAGAAGGAGAGCCUGUCUGCAAUGCCUGUGGAUUGUAUAUGAAACUGCAUGGGGUGCCACGUCCCCUGGCAAUGAAAAAAGAAAGCAUCCAGACGAGGAAAAGGAAGCCCAAAAAUAUCACAAAAGCCAAAAGCUCAACAGGGUCAUCAGUCUCUACUACAAACUCCCCUUCCUCCAUCACGAAUUCUGACAAUGCAGCCACUUUAAAAGCCGAGCCCUCCGUGACAUCGCAGUAUCCAGGGCAAACCAUCGUGUCUGUCUCUCAGCAGGGUUCCAACCAAGCAGAAGACCCACUGACCACCAACCAUUCUGAAUUCAAGUUUGAGCCUGAGGAUUACACCUUCCCGUCAUCCACUGCCAUGACCCAGCAAUCAGGAUUAAAUGGGCCCCUCCGCCAGGACUCUUGGUGUGCAUUGGCAUUAGCCUAAGACACUCAACUGCAACAAGACACUCUUUUUGGACCAACCUUUCUACUUUCUCCCCUAAUGGAUAAAAGCCAGAGACUGCCUACCUUAGAGCCACCGGACUGCAGUCAAGCCAAUGAUGUGCUUUUCAUACAGAUUGAUCUUGGAUGGUGUGCGAUGGAUUAGGAAACAUUCAGGGAACUUGGCAAAAUUCAUUCUUUUUGACUGACUGCGCUGAGGUACUUGGUUCUUAAAGCUUUAACUCUGAAAAUUGGACGCAUCUCCUAAAAGCAGGAGAAAUAGGUUUUCCUGAGGAGGGCAUUUACCUUCCCAAAAUGAAAAAAAAAAACCCAAAAUCUAUGUUUAUUCCCAAUGAUUUCUUCCUUCUCUGACUACUUUGAGUGCAAUUUAUUCCACUUUCCAAUAAAGACUGAUAAUA